AUGGAAAUCCCAUUAAAGUCACAACCAAAAGUAUCAACGGUAAAUCUAAUUGAUGAUUCAAAGUUCCAUAUUGACAGCAACAAUAAUCAUUCAAAUAGUAGGCAAAACUCACAGACAGCCCAUGAAGGACGACAACUGCAACAGCAAACUGAUUCCGAACAACGUCACGCCCAUAAGUCUGGUUUAGAUUAUCAAAAAUCACGCCAUACUAGCGUUGCAGGACCAUUUGGCAAACUAGAAACAGCAACCCCAACCACAGGCUUUCGCAAAAGUGAGUACAGGCGGUCUAGAGGGUUUUCGGAAACUGAAAAGAAUAAUUUCGAUCUGGAAACUGGUCAUCGUAUCUAUCAAGAUGGAACAAUAAGACCGCAAACCGUGAGACAAGAAUCUUCAACUGAGUUUCAACCAUAUAAUGAAGGCGAUAAUGACAACAACGGUAGUAACAAAUUGCAUGCACGAUCACAUGACAGUAGCAUAGAUGUAAUGAACUACACUCGAGGUCUAGAGGAUGAGUACAUCCCAGGGUUGGAUUUUUCUGAUAUGGUUUACAAAUGGAACAACAAUUCUGACUUGGACUUGACAAGAACACGUACCACUACCAGUACUAUGAGUGCUUACACGACUCAGUCAAAUACACCUAGAAGCCACAAUGCUUCAUAUUUGGAUUUGAAUCUUUUGCAUGCACAGGUUGCUCCACAACCCAUACGACACAAUAGUCAAAUACCGUCCAAACAUUCAUAUUCGAAAUUGCAUGAUUAUAUGAAGAUGAAACGUCCGGGACAUGAGGGGCAAUCAACGGGCCCCAAAGAUACGGAAGUAUUGAAGCUUAAACAACUUGCAGAGCAGGUUGAAACACCUAGUCAUAGUCCAAAACGAGAAACAUCUGGAAGUGGAUUGCUGAUGAGAAAAUCAAAGAAGCAAAAAGCAUCAUCUACAGCAUUGGAUUCACAGCCUGGUAGUGGUGGAGAUGUUGAUUUUGAAGCUAUUCUACACAGUUUACCACCAAAUUUCAAUGAUUUACCAUAUUCACAACGUAAAAAGGUUGUGCGAAACUUUUCCGAAAGUGUUGAUUAUUCUCAAUUUUCAUUAUUUGCUAAAAAUUACUUGAAUGGAGGAGGAGGCUUUGGGUCAUUUGGAUCUAGUAAGACUCCGAAAAGUGAUGGUGGUUUUGGAUCAAAUGAUAAUAGUUUCACCAAGAAGCAGCGUGUUGGUAGUGUAAACACUUUGGCUGGUAGACUUCUUGCCAGAACAUCAACCACUGAUAUAAAAAAGUUGCAAGAAAUGAAUCAAAAAUACAAUGUUGAUGAAAGAGGUGCGAUAGUGAUGGAACAUGAGUUGGGAAAAUGUAUUGGGUAUGGAGCCUGGGGAACUAUACGUGAAUGCGUUGAUAAGAAGGGAAAUAUCAGAGCAAUGAAGAUUGUCAAAUCGACACGAGAUUUCGAGUUUAGUUGUCCUGGAAGUAGAAGAAAUUCUCGAGUGGAUAUGCCUAAUGUAACCACCAAUCCAAAAGUGUUGGAAGUUUUCAAGAAAGAAAUAUCCAUUUGGAAACAAUUGCAUCAUGAUAAUAUACUUCCAUUGAUUGAUCACUUUGAAACUGAAGAUACAAUUUUCUGUUUGAUGGAUAGAAUAGAAGGUGGAACCUUGUUUGAUGUGGUUACAAUGUGGGGUCAAUUUAAUGGUGGAUUACAUACGCAUUCGGGCCCAAUAAACUUCCUGAUUGAGAAGCAAAGACAAAGAAUGAAUGAAAUUAUUGAUUACACAAGACAAGUCGUUACUGCUUUGUUGUACAUGCAUGAAGAAAAGGGAAUUGUUCAUGGGGAUAUUAAAUUGGAAAAUGUCUUGGUAAGAAGAGAUAAAGAUGAUCAUUGUAAAAUGAUUUUAUGUGAUUUUGGAAUGGCUAGAAUUUACAGUAUGCGAAUAAGCAGAAAGAAUUCAAUGAAGUAUCCCCUCAAGAUGGGUAGUAAUAGAAGACGGUCACCGCCACCAACUUCAUCACCACAACUAUUAUCACCAGAAGAUGAUAAUGAUGAUAUGGAUACUUUGAUGAUUAGAAGUAAGUCAUCAAAUACAGAAAAUAGAAAACCUUAUCCUGGAGGAGGUGAUGGAGCAAACGCUAGAACAUUGGAUUAUUUGAUAAACGAUGAUUCGCAAAUUGGUGUAUCUAAUUUCUUCAAGACCCAUGGUCCGUCUAUACAAUCAGUGCAUUUAACCCCUGUUUCAUCUGAAGGUAUAUCACCGACCACAUCUGAUCACAAAUUGAAUCAGACUGCGCGUAAUACUAGUAAUAACGACUGUUUUGAAUUUAGUAAGAAAUGGUUAUCGUCACAAGCAAAUAAUGAUAAUGGUAACAACAGUGGAGGAGUUGGUUCUGAUUUACCUCAUUCGCACAUCGGUUCAUUACCAUAUGCCUCUCCUGAGUUGUUACAACCUAGUCCACCACCAUUGGGUCCACUGGCUGAUGUAUGGGCCUUGGGUGUGUUGAUGUAUGCCAUGUGUGUGGGUAAAUUACCAUUCCAGCAUCAAUAUGAGCCACGAUUAAGAGCCAUGAUAACUGCUGGUAAGUAUAAUAAAGCAGAAUUAAGAAAAGCAUGUUUAAUGGAAUGGGUGUUAAAAGAUGAAUCAAAGAGUAAAGAAGGACUGAGUGGCAAGAAUUCAAAAGAGUCGUUGAAUAGGAUUGAUGAAGGUGAAGAGGAAGCUGAUUCGAAAGAUGAUGUUGAGGAUGAAAGUAUACCAGCAGCAUUAAUGAUGCAAUCCCCAUCAAUGGUUGAUUUAAAAAGACAAGAAGAAUUGAACCAAUUACGCGAUGAUUGGAAACUGUAUAAACUGAGCGAAGUAUUUCCUGAAUUUACUAAAGUUUAUGAUAUUGUUGUUGGAUGUUUAGAAACGAAUAUAACUAAACGAUGGGAUACGCAAAUGAUUUACGAUUAUUUAAGCUAA